GAAGCUCUCAAAGAAGCUCAGCUGGACCUGAAGUGAUCGAAGGAACUCUCUCAGAACGAUGGAAGGUGAAUGCAAAGUGCAGCUGGAUGUCGAUGUCUCCACAGAGGCCAGGAAACACACGACGCAGGGUGUCAGACCCGGCUCAAAGCUAACCACGGCCCUGCUGGCGUUCACGCUCUGCCUCGCCUUCGCCGCCGCUGCCGUCCUCUUCUUUAACACACAUACCAAGGAGCAGACAAGACAAGACGAAAACGACAACGACAUUCAUCUCGCCUUGAGGCAAAUUUCCAAUGGAAGACCGGCCAUUCAUUUAGAAGGUAAACACAACGAGAAUCUGAGCACUUCAGUGGAGUGGAAGAAUAACGUGGACCAGUCCCAUGCUACAGGUGGACUGAAGCUGGAGAACAACGAGAUUGUGAUCCCUCGAACCGGCCUGUACUUUGUUUACAGCCAAGCGUCCUUCCGGGUCAGUUGCACAAGCAGUGACGCCGAUGACGCCACCUCAAAGCCCAUGGUCCACCUGAGCCACACUGUGAAGCGCUGGUCCAGCUCGUACGGAGGCGACAACACAGAGAACUCCUACCAGACCAUCCUUCAUUCUCUCCGCACCGCCUGCCAGAAGACGGCCAGCAGCGACGGGGACGAGGAGGGAAACUGGUACACCGCCGUGUACAUGGGGGCUGUGUUCAACCUGAGGAAAGGGGACAGGCUGAAGACGAUGAUGGAGGAGAGGAUGCUGCUGAAGCUGGAGGAUGAGCCAGGGAAGACGUUCUUCGGUGUAUUUGCCUUGUGAGGACAGGUGACCGAGGGCUACAGGUGAAGAAGAAGAUGGCUCCAUGGUGAGUCCUGCAGCUCUGGACCCACUCACACCGUCGAAUGUUUACACUGCACUGAACAGUCAAUGCACCUGUCAGUACAGACCCAAACUCUCGAUAUAAAGUUUGCUGUGUUAACUCUAUCAAUGUACAGAAGAAAUGACUGUAUAGUCCAUGUAUCAGCAGCGAUAUCUCUGCGGCUCAAUGUUUUGUACUAUGUACAAUCACCUCAAGGCCUUUACUGCACUGCGAAUUUACUGUAACUAUAUGUGUUUUUAUUUAUUGUGUCACUACACGCUGACAGAGGAUGUGUUUAAUCAAUGCUAUUAUAUUUAUUUUUAUUUCAUUUUAUUUAUUUAUCUAUUUAAAUAUAUAUUUAUUUAUCGCUCUUUGUUUUCAUGCGUUUUAUACAUUUUUAAGGUAAACACAAGAAACUUGUGCUACGGCUAAUUUAUUGAGUAAAUUAUUGGAACAAAUACCCGUCUGAUCUGUUGUUUGCUGGUGUGGGAGGCCGUGUGGCCUGAGAUGCUGUAGAAUUCUUUGAAUAAAAAAAUCAUUUAUGAAAAAAAAAAGCAUGUGUGCU